GUAGAGAGAGAGGGGGGAGUAGAUAGUCUGCUGGGAACUACAUGGUGCUCAAUUUUUCAAGAUGUCGUCGCUGGAGCAGAGGCUGUCGCGAAUCGAGGAGAAGCUCAAGCUGGAGAAUGAAGAAGCUCGCCGGAGGAUCGACCUGCACAUCGACAUGAGCCCGCAGCGGUCACGUCCGAGGCCCAUCAUCGUGAUCCAGCUCAGUCCUGCUCCAGCCCCUUCCCAGCGUGCAGCGCUCCAGCUGCCACUGGCCAACGACGGAGGCAGCCGGUCAUCGUCUUCAGAGAGCUCGCCUCAGCACCACCCCUACCCCGCCCGCCCGCGACACAUGCUCACCCUACCCACACCCCCGUAUGGCCUACAGAAGAGUCUAGAGAAUGCAGAGAUUAAUCAGAAACUGCAGGAGAUCAUGAAACAGACUGGUUAUCUGAAGAUUGACGGUCAGCGGUAUCCAGCCGAGGUGACAGACCUGAUUAGUGAGGGGGAGAUCGGCAGUGGGACCUGCGGACAGGUUUUCAAAGUACGAUUCAAGAAGACGGGCCAUGUCAUCGCUGUCAAACAAAUGCGUCGUACAGGAAACAGAGAUGAGAACAAGAGGAUCCUGAUGGACCUGGAUGUUGUGCUGAAAAGUCACGACUGCCCUUAUAUCAUCCAGUGCUACGGCGCCAUAGUUACCAACACGGAUGUAUUCAUUGCCAUGGAGCUAAUGGGAACAUGUGCGGAGAAGCUGAAGAAGAGAAUCCAGGGCCCCAUCCCAGAGCGAAUUCUAGGAAAGAUGACAGUUGCAAUAGUGAAAGCGUUACAGUACCUAAAAGAGAAACACGGUGUCAUUCACCGGGACGUCAAACCCUCCAACAUCCUGCUGGAUGCUAAAGGUCAGAUCAAACUUUGUGAUUUCGGCAUCAGCGGACGCCUCGUCGACUCCAAGGCCAAGACCCGCAGUGCUGGCUGUGCCGCCUACAUGGCGCCAGAGAGAAUAGACCCUCCAGAUCCAACCAAACCUGACUAUGACAUCCGAGCAGAUGUGUGGAGUCUUGGCAUCUCUCUGGUGGAGCUGGCUACAGGACAGUUUCCCUACAAGAACUGCAAGACAGACUUCGAGGUUCUGACCAAAGUGCUGCAGGAAGAUCCUCCGACGCUGCCUCUCGGCAUGGGCUUCUCCCUCGACUUUCAGUCCUUCGUCAAAGAAUGCCUUACAAAGGAUCACAGAAAAAGGCCAAAAUAUCACCAGCUGCUGGAGCUGAGUUUCAUCCAGCGUUACGAGGUGCUGGUGGUGGACGUGGCCGGUUGGUUUCAGACGGUGAUGGAGCGCACCGAGUCGCCUCGCAGCAGCCAGUGUUACAGCCAUCAACACCAGCUCCACUCGCUCUUCAGUAGGUAGCCUAGCCCAGCCCGACGUGAGCUUAGCCAUACGCUAGUCUAGCCUAGCUCUAGCUUUGCCAAGCCCAGACUCAAGUCUGUCCUAGUCUAGCCCAGCGUCAUCAGCUAAGCCUAGCGUUAGACCCAGCCCACCAGUCCAUCUGUCCACCGGAGAGCCCGGAGAAGAGGAGGAAGCAACGGAGGACUCUGGAUGGACAGAUGGACAAAGAGAUGGAAUGAAGGAUGGAUAGACGACACAGGUGGUUCUCUUUGUAACGACAUCAUAUCUGGACAGGCAGACACGGGGAGGAGGGAGCAGAAAAGGGCCCACACUGUAGUUAGCUUCUUUUAUGUACCCACUGUUACGUCUCGUUACACUAUGUCUCACACACACACUUAAAUGCAAACAUUUGUGUGUCUUUUAUGUGUUUAUACAUUUCCUACAUUAGUUUGUCACCUACACGUCUGUCUCCAGCAUUGAUCCAAGCCAUUGGAUCAGUAAACAGCGUAGUCUCUACACACUGGAACAAAGCAUCUGCUACAUUAGCACUCACGGGUCACUCUUGUACAUAAACGUUAAGGAGGACACCGCAGUGCAAUUAUGGCUCUUCAGGUGUUUCUACUAUCACACACUCUCAGGCUGUAUCUGUGUGUGUUUGUGUCUGUGAGUGAGCAUUUCCAUGUAUGUGUGUGUGUGUGUGCGCGUGUGUGAGAGAUAUCCUGACACAGUCACUGGUUGUUUUUAUAGGAUUAUAUUUGCUAGUCAUUUAUUCAUCUUCACACUACAGCCCUCACAAGUUCACCUGUAGGCUCAUUUUUAACACAUAACAAUAGUAGAUCUUAUUAACUGUGCUAUGAAACAUGUUUAGAAUCAUUGUAUUUAGCUGCGUAAUUGGAAAAAAACACAACGAAAAAGACUCACAAAAAAAUUAGUGUUGCAUUCCAGAUUUGCUUUGUGUUUGUGAGUUAGAAGAACUUAAAGAGAUAUGGAGGGAUGUUUAAAAGAGAGAAGAGGAUGUGGAGAGGGUAGAGUCCAACUCUUUUUAGAAGUGCUGGAGAAAAAAACGAGGGUGGGAGAUGUACGCUCGUCGAUUUCCAUUUGAAGGACUGAAUAUUUGUUACUGGUGCAAGAAAGUAGAGAUAGGUUGGAGGUAAUAUAGAAGUGCAUUAUGAUUGAGAAGGCGUUCGGACAAGAGCGUAUCUUGUACAAA